AUGGCGGCUUCCGCUGGAAAGAAAGAGGCAGCCUGGCCUCUCACCAUGGCGCGGUACGAGCGGCUGGAGAAGCUGGGUGAGGGCAUCAACGGUGAAGUGUUCAAGGCGUGGGACACCGAGGACAACCUGAUCGUCGCCGUCAAGCGGCUCAGCGGGAGCGGCGACGACGGCUUCAUUAUUUCCGGCCUGCCGGAGGUCAUGCGGGAGGCUAUGUGCCUGGGCGCGUGCCGCGGCAUCCCCUCGAUCGUGCAGCGCCGCGCAACCUGCGUUGCCGCAUGCCAACGCGAGGCUAGCGAUUCUUUCAUCGUGAUGGACUACGUCGGGCGCCUCAACCUACGUGGCUACAUGCAGCGCCGGGUCCGUCGUCGUAGGCCCUUCUCCGAGGACGAGGUGCGCCGGAUUAUGAAGCAGCUCGUGGAGGGGGUGACGGCCGUGCACGCCGUGGGCGUCCUGCACCUCAACAUCAAGCCGGAGAACGUGCUCCUCGACGACGGCACCGAGGACAGGAAGCAGAAGCCCAAGAAGGGGCCCGUCGAAGCCGAUGUUAGCGGCGAGCUCAAGGAGGACCGCAUAGUCUACAAGAUCGGCGGUUUCGGGAUGUCCAUGAAAGGGCGGAGCAAAAGACAGCCGGAGGUGACUAUCCUGACACCGUACAGCGCACCGGAGCUCCUCCUGCACUCUUGCGAGUACGACGAUCGCGUGGACACGUGGGGGCUUGGAUGCAUAAUGGCCGACCUCCUCUCGGACACCGGCGUCUCCACGUUCGAUGGUGAGUCAGACAUAGAGAUCAUGGCUAAAGUGUUUGGCAUCGUCGGCACAGAGGGGAUCAAGGACUGGUCUGGAUACUCAGGGGUAGCGUCAGGCCAAAAAUCGAAGCUGCCUGGUGGCAGAGGCAUCAGCCGCCUUCGACACAAGUUUCCCAGUCGCAAGUUGUCGGCAGCCGGCUUCGAGGUGCUCAGCGGGCUGUUGGAGAGCAAUCCGGAGAAGCGGCUUACUGCAGCAGAGGCGCUCGAGAAGCCUUGGUUCCAUAACUGCCGACGCGGCUUUACCGGUUUCUUCAAGUCGUGCGUGGUUGGAGUCCUACCAGAGAAAUAUGAUUUAUAUGCUUUACAUUUAAAAAAGAUAGAUACCCAAUUUUAUCCCCCUAAAAAUAACCCAAGUUUAUCAUUACUUUUUUUAAGGGGACAAAUUUGUCAUUGCUGA